AUGUCAUUUCAACCUUUCAAGCAUCCUGUAUUUGACAAAAUCAAAGAGAAAAGAUUCAUUUUAGCCUCAACUUCACCAAGAAGAAUCGAGAUCUUGACUCAAAUGGGUUUUGAAAAUGUUGAAGUAUAUCCAUCAAACUUCCCAGAAGAUUUGAAAAAAGAAGAUUAUACACCUCAAGAUUAUGUAUUAAACACAGCUAUAGGCAAAGCACAAGCUGUUUAUGAAGAAUUGAAGAAUAAAGGUGAAGCUGAAAACACUAUAAUAUUAGCAGCUGAUACCGUUGUUGAGAUUGAUGGUCAAAUUUUUGAAAAACCUAAAGAUAAACAAGAUCAAUUGAAAAAUUUAACAUAUUAUAGAGAUAGUAAAAAAGUUCAGCAUGUUUUAAGUGGUGUUGUUGUUAUAAAUGAAGGUGUUGUGAGUUCUUUUGUUGAAGAUACUGCUUUACAUUUUGAUUAUGAAGCUUCUGAUGAAAUGUUGAAGGCUUAUGUGGAUACAAAUGAAGGUUUAGGCGUUGCUGCUGGUUAUAGAGUCCAGUUGAGAGGGUCAUUAUUAAUGAAGAAGAUUGAUGGUGACUAUUACAAUGCAGUUGGUUUACCUUUCAGAAAUACUUUUAAACUUAUUGAAAAGGCAUUAGGUGUAUAG